UUUACUAAAAAGUGCAAACACGUUUUUGUUCUGUGUUCUUUGAUAAUCUUUCUAUAAAAUUAAAUAUUUUGUGUGUGUGAUUAUAAAUUGAUGAAGAUAAUGUCAUUUAAGUGGCAAGAUACUCAUAUGGAAUCGUUUCUUGAAACAUACAAGAAAUACGAGUGUUUGUGGAAUAAUAAAUGCAAUGAUUAUAGUAAAUCAAAUGCACGUGAAAAAGCCUAUUCUUUAAUGUUAAACGAUUUAAAGAUUCCCGGAUUAACUGUACCCGAUAUAAAAGCUAAAAUAAAAACUAUUCGAACACGUUAUGUUGCAGAACUUGCUAAGAUAAGAAACUCGGAGUUGGAAAGAAAUGAAGCUGCUGGUGAAGAGGUUUAUGAACCACGAUUAUUUUGGUUUAAAAUUGCCGAUGCAUUUUUGCGGAAAGUUUGCACUUCGAAACCAAAAUAUUUAGUUAUGAAGGAUCAAGGAGGAACAGAUAAAGAAAUUUCUUUUGAAAAAGUAACAGCCGAUAGUCAACACUACGAGGACAAUGAUUCAACAUCUCAAGAAAAUACAAGAUAUUCUCCAUCAGUGGCAAUAAGUCCUCCAUACACUUAUUCUGAAAUAAAAUGCGACAAAAACGUGUGGAAGCGUUCACUCCCAAAAGAGAAUUCUUAUUCAUUUCCAAAUGAUAAUAAUUAUUCUGCAGUAAAUAAUACAGUUAAAAGACCGAAGAAAUGCUACGACUCAUCAAAUAACGAGUAUCCAAAUGAGUUUGAUAUUUUUUGUCAAAGUCUUGCAAUUCAAUUGAAAAAAAUGCCCCUACAAAGGGCUCUUAUUUGUCAACAAAAACUACAAAGCGUCAUGACUCAAGAACGUCUAUUUCAACUACAGCCAAAUCCUUCAUCGCAUGAUCAUCGACAAACCCAGCGAAGAAGUAAUCGAAAUACGGGACAGUGUUUUACGUGGGUGCCACCAUCAAAUUCCCGUUUCGAUUCAGAAGGAGAAACAGAAUCACUGAAUAACCAGGUUGUUGAUGAAGAUGACGAAAGUGAAUUUGUUUCCGAAAUAAAAUGGGAAACAUAAAUUAAAAAAAUUUAACAAAAGUCAUAAGACAUUUAAAACUUGAAUAAUUUUUAGUUAAGGUUUUUUAGUUAAUAAAUCAUACAUUGUUAAAAAAAAGAAGUGGGAAAAAAUAAAUAAAAAAUUG